CUGAGGGUGACGCCAACCGCAACACGAAGAUGAUGAUGCAGUACGCCCACCGGGUUCCCAUCCAAACGGCGCUUGGGCACGAUCCGAGCGACGCGACGCCACUGGGCGAGACGUUUCUGGUGGACCUUCUGCGCGAUGACGCGACGAACGCCUAUUUUGUGCGACUGCGGUACGCAGCUGCGGCGAAUGGUGCACCGGCUGCCGCCUUCUUUCCGUUCCGUUGUCUCAGCGCGGCCGACGUGCCGACGGAUGCCACCACGGCGGACGGCGUCAUUUGCCCCUUCGACGACUUUGCCCGGUUUGUUGAGUCCAGCAGCGGCACGAGCGCUGCCGGGGCUGCCUGCUACCUUGACGAGGAGACAAGAAAGAAGUUUGGGUGCAGCGUGGAGGGCGCCGCCCCCUCGCCGGAGUGCGCCCGCUAUCGUGCCAUGUGCCCGGCGCAGGCGUGUCCCGGAGGUCAAGUCUACGAUGUGAGGGACGACUCGUGCAAACCCCGGGUGGUUUUGAGCGACGUGAUCUCGAAUGGUGCCGGGGUUGCUGUGGGCAUUGCGGCCGUGGUUCUUGGCUUCCUGCUCUCAUUGUUUUUGAUGCAUUUGUGUCCAAUGCUAUGCCUGACGAAGGGUGCCAGUGAAAUGCAUGGGGACUGCCCCGGUGACGUGGAAGUCUCUGCUGUUCCACGACAGUGA